AUGACGGUCAACCGCAAUGCCGCCGUCCGCGCCGUCCCUGCAGUAUUUUUGGCUGUGACUUCCAUCACGGUCCUGCUCCGUUGCUAUGUCCGGUUAAGGCUGGUAAAAGCCUUUGGAUGGGAUGAUGGCCUCAUGGUCCUAGCCAUGGCCGUCUAUGCCAUGUUCUGUGGCGUCAUGAUCGGAGGCAGUCUAUACGGCACGGGAAAACAUUUCGCUGACUUAACGACAAGCCACCGAGUUACGGCAAUGAAGUACUGGUGGCUUUGCGAGAUUGGAUACUGCUUCUCUUCCAUUUUUUGCAAAUGUUCAAUAUGCAUCUUUCUCACUCGUAUCACCAUCAAGCGACCGCACCUGGCAUUUCUAUACAUCAUCAUGACUUGCACCGUCCUAAUGGGGCUUGUGCUCAUGUUUUCGCUUUUGCUGCAGUGUCGUCCUGUAUCUUAUUUCUGGACCAGGGUCGCCUUUGAUCCCACUGUGGAGGGAACGUGUGUGAAGACCGAAUUAGUUAUUGCCCUGACCUGGGCAUACAGCGCAGUUGCUGCCUGCUGUGAUCUAGCGGUUGGGAUUGUUCCAUACUUUAUCAUUCGAAAGUUGAAUAUGCCGUGGCGGAGAAAAGUGGCUGCGAUCGGUAUCAGCAGCAUCGGUUGCAUCGCCUGCUGUGCCGUCAUUGUUCGCAUCCCUUAUGUGCCCACAUUUGCCGAUCCGGACUUCCUUUACGCGACUUAUGAGGUGGCCGUUUGGUCUAAUGUCGAGGUUGGCCUGGGAAUCUUUGCGGGUAGUAUGGCCACUCUACAUCCGUUACUCAAGCAUCUUCGGACAUUCUUCACCAAACCUGGAAUGACGCGGUUGAGCUCACGCAGCUCGUCCGGGCCGGGGCCCACAGCUCCCAAGGCCGACUUUGUUUCUGUCUCUUCCUACCCAUCAGCGCCCGUAACCUUAUUUCGCCCGGGGAAUGUCGUGAACAUGACCACCACUAUCCAAGGGGACGGAGCAGGCGUGGCCCACCCUGAUUCCUGUUCACCCAGAGCCAGCCGUGACACUGGGAGGCGUACGAAUGACAUUCUCAUCCAACAGACUUUUAACCUGGAUACCGGGUGGGACUCUAGGAAUAGCAGUGUGGUGUGA